AAGUAAAUAACUAGUCAAAUGUCUGAAUGUGAAAUUUUAUUUUGAGGUGAAACUAGACAUCGACUAAAUAAAAUAUUCGUUUUAAGAGGAAGCUUAACUUUUAAGCAACUGUGAAAAUAUUGAACCUGUCUGAAUACGGUCCAUUGGACUACUCCACCAUUCGAGUUAAACCAACGAACAAUUUCGAUUCCAAUAGCAAUGGAUUCAAUGUCAACAAAACUUUGUCGUUUGUGUCUCGAAUCGAGCGAUGAAAUGUUAAAUAUUUUCGAAAACCCUCAAAACUCGACAAUCCCAUCGAUUUUGAUCAAACAUUUCUGGUUCCAGGUUGACAAAGAUGAUGGCAUGCCGCAGUGGCUGUGCGAAAUUUGUUGGAUACAAACCAAAACGUUUCACCACUUCUAUAAAAGAGUGGAGAUCCGACACGGAAACUAUAGCAGUUCAAAUGCCUUGAUCAAUUCAAUAAAGCAAGAACGAAUUGAAAGUCCAACCGAGGAGCAAAUGAACCAUGAAUCUUACACGGACCUGUAUAUAGUGAAGCAGGAAGAACCAGACCCUCCAGCUCAAACACCUCAUCUGUUAGAAACCAAAGAAGAAAACUGCGAGGACAAUGCCUUUGGCUACAAUGAUGGCUACAAUCUUGGCGAAAGUGAAAAUUCGCAGACCUCAGACGAGGAUGACCAGCCGUUAAAUAAAAAAUCGACGUACUACGACAUUGGAGAUGUCAGCACUACAUCGACACUAAAUACUGAGACACAAGACUCAAGAUCUAUUAGGCUUUCAAAAAUAGCGCAACAAGACGCUCAGAUCCGUGAUUUUUUCACAAUGAAAUGCGAAAUCUGUACCGAAGACAUCAAAUUUGAAAGUUUGACGAAUGCCAGAGACCAUUAUCGCAGUGUUCACGAUAAAAGUGGAUAUCUAAUGUGUUGUGGGAACAAGUACCAUCGUCGUUACCAAAUAUUGGGUCAUAUCCGCUUUCACAUCAAUCCAGACGCAUAUCAGUGUGAUCAGUGUGAUAGAAUUUUCAAGGACCGACAAGCACUCAAAACUCACGCCGACAAUCAUGUGCCACUUAAUUUACGUCCUCAUAAAUGUAGCUUAUGCAACAGUAGUUUCACGAAGGCAGGUUCGCUGAGGGUUCAUGUGCAAAAUAUUCACUUGUCGGUUACGGGUGAAAUGUUGCCUUGUGAAAAAUGUAGUAAGACUUUUCGAUCUCCUAUAUCGUUGGCCUCUCACAUUCGAAGUGUUCAUGAGUUUUCGCUGGAGCAUGUAUGUGAGAUAUGCGCUCGUCGAUUUAAGACGAAGCAACUACUCAAAUGUCACAUCAUGUCCGAACAUUCAACGACGACGAAAGCUCAGUGCGAGAUGUGCGGUGCUUGGCUGAAACACGAACUGAGUCUACGUAAACACUUGAAACGGUGUCCCCAGUCGUCAAACUGUGAGCCAGUCAAUUGUCCUAUUUGCGACAGAGUCGUACCAAACAGACCUGCAUUAAGUGGUCAUAUUCAGCGUGCUCAUGGCACGAAAAGACACCAGUGCACAUUUUGCGACAAAACAUUCAAAACACCUAAAGGCUUAAAGGAGCACACAGCAAUUCACACGGGCGAAUAUUUGUACGAUUGUCAGUACUGCGACAAGAAAUUCAAAUCGAAUGCGAACAUGUAUUCACAUCGCAAGAAGAUGCACUUGGAAGAAUGGACCAGAGAUAGAACCAACACAUUAGCGGCACAGAAUAAAUCGGAUCAGGCUGAAACGAGGGCUGAAACGUCAGACGAAUCCUCCUGGCUGAACACAGUCCAUUGGAUUACCCCACCAUUAAAAUUAAACAAAAGCAUAAUUUCGAUUCCAAUAGCAAUGGAUGCAAUGUCAACAAAACUGUGCCGUCUGUGUCUCGAAUCCAGCGAUGAAAUGUUAAACAUUUUUGAAAACCCUCAAAACUCGACAAUCCCAUCGAUUUUGAUCAAACAUUUCUGGUUCCAGGUUGACAAAGAUGAUGGCAUGCCGCAGUGGCUGUGUGAAAUUUGUUGGAUACAAACCAAAACGUUUCACCAUUUCUAUAAAAGAGUGGAGAUCCGCCACGGAAACUAUUGCAGGUCAAAUGCCUUUCUCAAGAUCAAUUCAAUAAAGCAGGAACGAAGUCCAAGUCCAAGUGAGGAGCAAAUAGACCUGGCACAACGCAUGGACUUUCAAAUAGUCAAGCAGGAAGAACUAGAACCUCCAGAACAAAUGCCGGAUUUGGUUGUCACCAAAGAAGAAAAUUACGAUUACGAUACUUAUCUCGAUGGUUACAAUGAGAACCGUUUUGGCGAAGGUGAAAAUUCGCAGACCUCGGCAGAAAGUGACUCACCGUUCAACAAAAAAUGUAAGAACCAAGACACUGCAGAUUUCAGCGCCACAGCAACCGAAGAGUGUUCACUAAAUACUGACACUGAAGACUCAACGUCGCAUAAUCUUUCGAAAAUAGCGCAACAAGAUGCUCAGAUCCGUGAUUUUUUCACUAUGAAAUGUGAAAUCUGCACCGAAGACAUCAAAUUUGAAACAUUGAGGAAAGCCAGAGAUCAUUACCGCAACGUUCACAAUAAGAGUGGAUAUCUGAUGUGUUGUGGGAACAAGUUUCAUAGUCGCUACAGAAUACUGGGUCACAUCCGAUUUCACAUCAAUCCAGAGGCAUAUCGAUGUGAUCAGUGUGACAAAAGUUUCAAGGACAAACAAGCACUCAAAACUCACACCGACAAUCAUGGACAACUUAAUUUACGUGCUCACGAAUGUAGCAUAUGUGGCGGUAGUUUUAUGAAGGCAGCCUCAUUGAAGGUUCAUGUGCAAAAUGUCCACUCGUCGGCUACAGGUGGAAUGUUCCCCUGUGAAAAAUGCAGUAAGACUUUUCGGUCUUCCACGUCGUUGAUCGCUCACAUUCGAUGUGUUCAUGAAUUUUCGCUGGAACACGUAUGUGACAUAUGCGCUCGUCGAUUUAAGUCGAAGCAACGCCUCAGAAGUCAUAUCCUAUUCAAACAUUCAACGCCGACAAAAGCUCAGUGCGAGAAGUGCGGUGCUUGGCUGAAACACGAACUGAGUCUUCGGAAACACAUGAAACGGUGUCCCCAGUCAAACUGUGUGCCAGUCAAUUGUCCUAUUUGCGAGAAAGUGUUACCAAACCGACCUGCAUUAAAUUGUCAUAUUAGUAAUAACCAUGGGACAAGACGUCAUCAGUGCACAUUUUGCGACAAAACAUUCAAGACACCGAAAAGCUUAAAGGAACACACAGCAAUUCACACGGGCGAAUAUUUGUACGAUUGUCAGUACUGCGACAAGAAAUUCAAAUCGAAUGCGAACAUGUAUUCACAUCGCAAGAAGAUUCACUUGGAAGAAUGGAACAGAGAUAAACCCAAGGCAAACACAUCAGUAGAAAAGUUGGAUCAGGUUGAACCUGUAGAGGCUGAAAUGACAGUGGAAUCCUUCGGGAUAGAAAAUGAGCAAAUUUUGACGUUCGGAUCAAAUGUCAAAUUUACUAAAUUGCAUUGUUUUUCACUGAAUAAAAACAAAUUCAACUACACUGCAAUGGAAUCGACCCAGCUUUGUCGUUUGUGCUUAGACACCAGUGACGAUUUAGUGAAUAUUUUCGACAAAUUCCAAGAUUCAACAAUUGCUUCGAUUUUAAACAAACACUUCUGGUUCCAGGUCCAUAAAAACGAUGGCCUGUCUGAGUGCCUUUGCCAGAUAUGCUGGACCAACACAAAAACCUUUCACAUUUUUUACAAAAGAGUCGAGCUACUUCAACAGGACUUUUGGAAUUCAGUGGGGAAAGACAGUGAAAUGGAUUCUUCUGACUUAAUAAAACGGGAACGAAGUGCUCCAUUGGAACCCGAUUUUGAUAAAGUGAAGUGUGAAGAAACAGAAUCAAAGCUAGAAGUGAUUCACAUCGAAAUAAGCAAAGACGACGGUUCGGGUUACAAUGACGAUAACAGUUGCGAUCAAAAUGACAUGGUGCACAUCUCAGACUGUGAGGACUCAAUGUCGGAUAUAAAACCAAGCGAAAACUGCACAGAACACGAAACACCAACACCAACCGAUGAAUGUAAGAGUGACAACGAAGACGAUGAUUUGGACGAAUCGUAUCCUGAUGCUAACGCACAAACAACUAGUCGAUGUAAGAAAGAUACAGCCAAAGAGGACGCACAAAUACGCGAAUUUUUCAGCAUGGCCUGCGACAUUUGCUCUGAUAAAUUCGAAACGUUUAUCAAGGCGAAAAAUCAUUACCGGCUCGUUCACAAUACAAUCGGUUACCUUAGCUGUUGCGGAAAGAAAUUCAAUCGACGCGGACGUGUAUUGGACCACAUUUAUCGUCAUUUGAAUCCGGACGCAUACCGUUGUGAUCCGUGUGGCAAACGAUUUGCCGAUAAAUUUGCAUUGAAAAAUCACAUCGAAAACCAUGAACCGUUUACAUCGCGUGCGUACAAGUGUAGCUUGUGUUCGAGUAGCUUCACGAAAGCAUCAAAACUGGCUCAACAUGAGCGACUGAGACACUGCUCGGAAGAAGACAAAAAGUUUCACUGUGAUAAAUGCAACAAAAAUUUCGUGUCGAAAUCGGUACUGGUGUCUCAUAUUCGCGGUGUUCAUGAAUUUGCAUUCGCCCACGUUUGUGACAUAUGUGCUCGUGUAUUCAAAAGCAAACAUGUCUUCCAGAAUCAUAUGCAGGAACAUUCGACAACUACUCGACCGAAAAUGCAGUGUAAUGUCUGCGGUGCUUGGUUGAAACAUGAGGACAGUCUUCGAAAACAUCUGAAACGCCACCAGGACACGUUUGCCAAUUGUCCAAUCUGCAACAAAGUGCUACAGAACAAACAUUCACUGGGAAAUCAUAUCCGAAGUGUUCAUGGCGAGAGGAGUCAUCAGUGUACAUUGUGUGCAAAGGCAUUCAAGAAGGCUAUCGUUUUGAAAGAACAUAUGGCUCUGCAUACUGGCCAGGAUCUGUAUAAAUGUCCAUAUUGCACAAAAACGUUCAAAUCAGGGGCGAAUAUGCAUGCACAUCGAAAGAAGGCUCAUUUUGAGGAAUGGACCCGAGAUAGAUCUAAACGAUUCACACCCACAUCCGUUGAAUAACACAUUGUUUAUCUCAUUUUUUGUUCUCUUUUUUUACUCGGAAUAUAAAAUUUGCAAUCGAA